AUGCGAGCAUGCAUCGCAGCUCUGAACCCAAUGGCCAGUCUGAGUGUGGGCAUCCUGCGCUCCACGACCAGCAGUCGGGAGUGGGUCGAAUCUCACCCGGCCCUCGAUUCUUACUCGAGAAGAUGCGAGACCGAGUUGCUGCAAGGGCUACAGAUCCGCCGUGCCCUCGCCAACGUGGCUGACAAUGCCGCUUCGGUCCUGGGCAUGGUGAACACGGCAGAAAAGCGAAUUCGCGAGGAGAAGACCCGGGUGGAGAACUACCUCCAUGAGUCGACCAUGGAGAAAAUCCAGGAGCUGUGCGAUGAGGAGUGGAUUUCGGUCCACUACAAGACCCUCAUCCACAUGGAGAAUUCAGGGUGUGCGUGGAUGUUCGAGCACGACAAGGUGCCCGACCUAGAGAGGAUGUAUGCGCUCUUCAGCCGCGUACCGCAGACGCUGAAGGAAGUGCAGAAGGUGAUGAUGGACUGCAUGUGCGAAGCAGGACGUGAUGUGUUGAACGAUCCGGAGAAGGUCAAGGACCCCGUGUCGUUCAUCACAGCCAUCCUCCACCUGAAGCACAAGUACGACCGGUUUGUGAAGGAGUCCUUCAAGGAAAGCAAAGACUUCCAGCUGGCAUUGAAGCAGGCGUUCGAGUCCUUCCUCAACAAGGACACGCGAACAGCCCAGUAUCUGUCUCUCUACGUCGACGAUCAGUUCCGCAAAGGCCUCAAAGGCAUGUCUAGCGACGCGGACGUGGAUGCGGCACUGGAACAGGUCGUGACCGUCUUCCGGUUCUUGCAAGACAAGGACGUCUUUGAGAAUUUCUACAAGCAGCACCUCGCGCGGCGACUUCUCACAGGAAGAAGCGUCAGCGACGAAGCCGAGAAGAGCAUGAUCUCGAAGCUUAAGAGUGAAUGUGGACAUCAGUACACUUCGAAGCUUGAAGGCAUGUUCCAGGACAUGAAGCAGUCAGAGGAGAUCAUGAAGCAGUACAAGAGCUCCUUCGCCAGCAGUUCCUCGAUGGCGCGUGCCGCACGUCCUGCCGGAAGCUCCUCCGCGAUGUCCCCGGCGUCGUCGGCCAUCGACCUCAAGGUCUCCGUCUUGACCAGCGGCUUUUGGCCAGGCCCCCCGGGACAACCUUGUGAGCUUCCACCAGAGGUCCAGGAGUGCUGCGGCCGUUUCGAGACGUUUUACCUAGCAAAGCACACUGGGCGCCGACUUUCCUGGCAGCCGAACCACGGCUGGGCCGACCUCAAGGCACACAUGCCAAAGUCCAAGCACGAGAUCAAUGUUUCCACCUACCAGAUGUGCAUUCUCAUGCUCUUCAACCAACAUGCAGCCCUGACGUACCAGGAUAUUCAGAUGCGAACGAACAUCCCGCUCGAAGAGCUGAAGCGCCAGUUCAUGAGUCUCUACGUUAACCCCAAGGCGAAGAUCUUGAUGAGACUGGGGCCCGAGAAGGACAAAAAGGAGCCCGAGGAUUCCGACCAGUUCGCGAUCAACACCCAGUUCGAAAGCAAGCUGCUGCGGAUCAAGGUGCUCUUAGUUCAACUGAAGUCCGCCAACUCGGACGGCUCGGGAACGCGCACAGAGGGCGAGGGCAGCGCGCCCGCUGCGGGCAGCGAUGUGCCCGCGACCGUCGAAGAGGACCGGAAGCACUUGGUGGAGGCCGUCAUUGUCCGCGUCAUGAAGAGCCGUAAGACACUGGAGCACAACCAGCUUGUCAUGGAGGUGACGCGACACCUCACCUCGCGCUUCCAGCCUGCACCGACGCUCAUCAAGCAGCGGAUCGAGAAACUCAUCGAGCGAGAGUAUCUAGAGAGAUCCAAUGCCGACCGGCGGGUCUACAACUACCUGGCGUGA